AUGUCGAGCCCUAUUUGUCCCUCUUCGCCGGCAGCGAACGGUGGCAGACAAAGUUCAUGGCAGGAGCGCCUGCAAGGUGUGUCUGAGCCCCUAGAAAGCGCGCCCCCUACCCGCGCCACAAUCAUGACCCCUCCCCCUGACCCCACGUAUCGCGGGGCUCAGUGCGGCCGCACAGCAUGGUCCAGUACCGUGACCGUAUCGCCCAGCAAUGCCCACAAUGCGAUGACCAUCAGCGCUCGCUACUGGUACGAUGGCCAAUACGUCAAUAACGCCAAGGAAGACGCCGCAGAAGUCGCUCUUCAAACUCUCCAAGGCGCUCAAGGCAUAAGGUCCCCUGCCGCUGCAGCUGUUUCUUAUCAGGGACAGAUGCGGGGUUGGUAG